UGUGCGGGGGGCCGGAGGCGGCGGCUGUCAGAGUCGGCUCAGCCUGCGCCGGGGAACAUCGGCCGCCUCCAGCUCCCGGUGCGGCCCGGCCCGGCCCGGCUCGGCCGCCUCAGACGCCUGCCUGCCCUGGCAGUCAUGAGGCCCCCCUGGUGUCCCCUGCACACGCCCUCCCUGGCUUCCCCAAUCCUUCUCCUCCUCCUCUUCCUCCUGGGAGGAGGGGCAGAGGCUGAGGACCCAGAGCUGCUGGUGACCGUGCGUGGGGGCCGGCUGCGGGGCAUCCGCCUAAUGGCCCCUGGGGGCCCUGUCUCCGCUUUCCUGGGCGUCCCCUUCGCAGAGCCACCUGUGGGCCCCCGUCGCUUUCUGCCACCGGAGCCCAAGCGGCCGUGGCCAGGGGUGCUGGACGCCACAGCCUUCCAAAGUGUCUGCUACCAAUAUGUGGACACCUUGUACCCCGGCUUUGAGGGCACCGAGAUGUGGAACCCGAACCGAGAGCUGAGUGAGGACUGCCUCUACCUCAAUGUGUGGACACCAUACCCCCGGCCUGCGUCCCCCACCCCUGUCCUCGUCUGGAUCUACGGGGGUGGCUUCUACAGUGGGGCCUCCUCCCUGGACGUGUAUGAUGGCCGCUUCCUGGCCCAGGCUGAGGGGACCGUGCUGGUGUCCAUGAACUACCGGGUAGGAGCCUUUGGCUUCUUGGCCCUGCCAGGGAGCCGGGAGGCCCCAGGCAACGUGGGUCUACUGGAUCAGAGGCUGGCACUACAGUGGGUGCAGGAGAAUGUGGCAACCUUCGGGGGCGACCCAAUGUCAGUGACUCUGUUUGGGGAAAGUGCCGGUGCUGCCUCAGUGGGCAUGCACCUGCUGUCCCCUCCCAGCCGGGGCCUGUUCCACAGGGCUGUGCUGCAGAGCGGUGCACCCAACGGCCCCUGGGCCACAGUGGGUGUGGGAGAGGCCCGCCGCAGGGCCACACUGCUGGCCCGCCUCGUAGGCUGUCCCCCGGGGGGUGCUGGUGGCAAUGACACAGAGCUGGUCGCCUGCCUAAGGACACGGCCAGCUCAGGACCUGGUGGACCACGAGUGGCAUGUGCUGCCUCAGGAAAGUGUCUUCCGCUUCUCUUUUGUGCCUGUGGUGGAUGGAGACUUCCUCAGUGACACACCCGAGGCCCUCAUCAAUGCCGGAGACUUCCACAGUCUGCAGGUGCUGGUGGGUGUGGUGAAGGAUGAGGGCUCCUAUUUUCUGGUUUACGGGGCCCCAGGCUUCAGCAAAGACAACGAAUCUCUCAUCAGCCGGGCCCAGUUCUUGGCCGGGGUGCGGGUCGGGGUCCCCCAGGCGAGUGACCUAGCUGCCGAGGCUGUGGUCCUGCAUUACACAGACUGGCUGCACCCUGAGGACCCGGCACGCCUGAGAGAGGCCAUGAGUGAUGUCGUGGGCGACCACAACGUCGUGUGCCCCGUGGCCCAGCUGGCUGGGCGACUGGCUGCCCAGGGUGCUCGGGUCUAUGCCUACAUCUUUGAACACCGCGCGUCUACGCUCUCCUGGCCCCUCUGGAUGGGGGUGCCCCAUGGCUACGAGAUCGAGUUCAUCUUUGGGCUCCCUCUGGAACCCUCGCUAAACUAUACCGCCGAGGAGAGAACCUUUGCCCAGCGACUGAUGAGAUACUGGGCCAACUUCGCCCGCACAGGGGACCCCAAUGACCCCCGGGACCCCAAAGUCCCGCAGUGGCCACCGUACACGGCGGGAGCGCAGCAGUACGUGAGCCUGAACCUGCGGCCGCUGGAGGUGCGGCGGGGGCUGCGCGCCCAGGCCUGCGCCUUCUGGAACCGCUUCCUACCCAAAUUGCUCAGCGCCACCGCCUCGAAGGCUCCCAGCACCUGCUCAGGCCCCGCCCACGGGGAGGCCGCCCCGAGGCCCAGGCCCGGCCUUCCCCUGCCCCUUCUUCUCCUCCUCUUCCUCCACCUCGCCCGGCUCCUGCGGCUCUGACCACGGCCACUUACCCCUCCGGCCUCAGGGGGCCCCCCUCCUCUAAUGAGUGGUCGGACAGUGGGGAAGGGCCCCACUCAGGGAUCUCCGACCCAGCGCACCCUCCCUCCUCAAACCGAGAGACUCAAACUGGCCAGGGCUGGGAGGGGAUGGUGACCUAUGACCCGUCUCAGGGAUCCACACGCCUUUGUUGUUUAAAUGGAAAUGAAAAAGCCAAUUUUCUUUUUUUAUAAAAUUAUUUGGAGCCGGAGCCUGGUGUUGGGGGGGGAGAGGGAAGGCCGGGAGCUAGAUAGCACCCCCUAGUGGGGCUGUAACAGUCAACAUUUCUGUCUCUUCUCUUUUCCCCACCAACCCACGGGUCCUCCCUCUUCUGAUCCUUUCUGUACCCCUGUCUAACGGUCAUUUUCUCCUCCCCCCACCCCUUCCUUCCCGCCAUCCUUCUCCGGCCCCGCCUCCACUCUCAUCCUUCCUCUGGUCUUCCGUCUUUCGCAUAUUCUUCUGAUCCUCUUUCCACCGUCUUGCGUGCCUUCCUGCAUUCUUGUAUCCUCCUGCACUCACGCCCCCCACCAUGUACGUUCCCUGACCUUCCCCUUGUCCUCCUCCAACCCACUUGCCGGGCGCCCUGGCCGCAGACACGCUGGACGAGGCGGAGCGCCAGUGGAAGGCCGAGUUCCACCGCUGGAGCUCCUACAUGGUGCACUGGAAGAACCAGUUUGACCAUUACAGCAAGCAGGAUCGCUGCUCAGACCUGUGACCCAGACGGGACCCCCACGUCUCCCCGCCCUGCUCGCCCCGCCCGGCCCCCUAGCUGUAUAUACUUAUCGAAGGGCUGGGGUAUAACACGGAGGAGCCCUAGACCGUGCCCACCCAACUCCCCCCCGACUAUCCCCGGAGGCUCCCCGUCCUCUGCAUGUCUCGGGCCGAGCCCCUCCCCCGCGGUGCCUUCGCCCCUCUGGGCUGCCAAUAAACUGUUACAGC